CAUUGAGCAAGGAAAAUGGAGGAUUUGCUUUUUGGCUGAGUCAGUUGUUAUGGCAUUAAAACAUCGCUGUGUCACUGGACGAGGACGAUAAAGAGGGUGAAAACCAUGGGGUUGCUGACUAUUUUAAAGAAGAUGAAACAAAAGGAGAAGGAGAUGAGAAUUUUAAUGCUGUAUCCUUAGUAUAAACCUUUUGGUAAAUUAAACCAAACGUCAAAAGAAAGAGAUUUUAAUUUAGAAUUAAGGUUAAACCUUUCCAGUCAUCAAAGAAUCUCUCAAGGUUUUCUAGAAGGACGCUUUUGAAAUUUAGCGUUCUCAUUCAGUGAUCUGGAGAAAAGUGGUGGAUAUUCAUCAAUGUUGUGAGGCCAAUAGACCUUGUCAGUGCUUGUCACGGUUUUGGAAGCCAUCUUGACGACCCGGGCUGGGAGGGGGACUCCAUAUCAAAGGGGCGGGGAUGCUUGUUGUCUCGCUUAGGGUUGUCAAUUUCGGAUUUUGGUCUCACUUGGGGUGUUCUGGGCAAAACGCCAUUAUAUUUAGCCAUAAACGUCUCAUUCAGGGUUGCACGUGAAGAAACAUUACAAAAUUAUUCAUUUUCAAUUUGUUUUAUUUCCUCGAUUCAUGUAAUCAGAGUUUUAAAUGGUCUCUUUUAGGGGUCAAAAAAAGGAUGGGCCAUGUCCAGAUUGGUCUCCUUUAGGGGAUUAAUUCAAAAUUUCCGACAAGCAUCCCCUUCCCUUUCAUAUGGAAGCCUCCUCCCCCCCCCUGGGCUUGACAAGUAGGCACCCCCAUGAAAAAAAAUUUCAGUGUUUGUAAGAGAAUAUCGUGUUGAAUGAUUUCCGAAAAAUGGCUGUUCUGAAAAAAAUAUGAAUUGCAAACUAAAGUUACACAGCAAAAGAUUUUACUGACAAAUUUUGGGGGCCGUAACUGGGCUUAAAUUAUUUUGUCCAGAUGCUUGCUUUAGAUUAUCCAUAUGCAACUGUACUUGCCUCUGCAAUUUUUCCCAGGAAAAUCAAUUUUUUCAGUAGAAUCGAAAGGAGAGAAGCUCAACAAUUCAUAUUUUUUUCAGAACAGCUGUUUUAUAGAAAUAUUAUUCGACAUAAACUGUGAUUCUCAUACAAACACUGUAUUUUCUCACGUGGUUUCCUACUUGUCAAGAUGGCUUCCAAAACUGUGACCAUGUCUAUUAGGAGCUAAAAGCUUAUGUUAGAAAAUUAGUAUUGAUGUCACUUCCUUGACACAGUUGACAGAGGUCUUGACAACGCUGGCAAAACAACAAUUUUAAAGAAGUUUAAUGGGGAAGAUAUUAACACAAUUGAACCCACGUUAGGAUUUAACAUCAAAACCCUUGAGCAUAGAGAGUGAGUAUGACUUGCGUGAAGAUCAUCAGAAAUUUUUCUUCUACUUCACAUCUGUCAAAUCGAAGCUUCAGCACCCCCCUGCCCUCCCCCUCUUGGGCAUACCCAGGGCAUUUAACACUUUUUCAUUCUGUGGUGGAGGAAAUUUGAUUGUCAUAAUUUUCAUGGGGGUGGGAAAUUUGGUAACCAUGGUUAAGGGUUGGGGAACUUGAACCUUAGCUUCAAUUUCACAUGAUACAUGUAAUGUAUGUAUGUCUUGGAGCUUGUAGGAGGACAAAGGGAGAUUAGAUGAUUUCAAAAGGCAAGGUUGUGGCAUCAUGGUGGAUUGGCAUAAAUCAUACAAACUUUGUAAUUUCCCAAGGGUGGGACAUUUGAUCACCUUAAAUUGGCCUACAUGUAUUGGAAAUUUAUACCCUGGUGGUUGCUUGGGAGGGGAUGUUGAAGCUUCGCUUUGACUGGUACAAUAGGAAAACACUUCAAGGUUUUGAAGUAUGGUUACAUUAGUUUUCCAAACCCUGGGCACUUUAAAUUCUCUCAGAGUUUUGAAAUACACUACAGCCAGACAAGUAGUAAUCUCCGAAACCGAUGUUUAAAAUAUAGACUGAGAUAUUGUACUCACUGUCCUGGACUGUACUUCCAACUAGUAGGCCAUGAAGGGUUUAAGGUGUGACAGCAAGCUAAGGGCCAUGCAACUUAUGUCACCAUCACUUUUUAAAAACAUGAACAUUUUUAAUGCCACAUGUACACCAAAUCACUGCAACUGCUACACUGUAUAUGGGUAAAAUAUGAACUUUCCCUCAUUAAUAGAAAAACAAUCUAUUGCCACCCACAGAUUUAAGUUAAAUAUUUGGGAUGUUGGUGGACAGAAGUCCCUUCGCUCAUACUGGAGAAAUUACUUUGAAAGCACUGAUGGCUUAAUAUGGGUAGUGGACAGUGCUGACAGGCGCAGACUUGCUGAUUGCAAAGAGGAAUUAAAGGGACUCCUUCUAGAAGAGGUACCACAUGUUUAUCAGGGAUCCACAUUCAUUUUUUCUCAGAGUCGUCAGCCGGGCAAGUAAGCCUGAUGGCAUACUUGUUGGGUUACAAAUUUUAUUUGGGUUGCCCGCUGGGACAAAAGUGCAGAAUUGUGUAAAAGAAUGGUGAAAAAAUUGUGUGCAACUUGAACAUUUCUGAUUAGCAUUUUAUUUCCAUUAUAGUUGCAAAGAAAGGGUUUUAACUGAACUGUUAAGUACAACAGGCUACAGGCCUAGGCUAAACACGGUUUAUUUACGUUUUACAAGUAGUCACACCACAGUCAGUCAGUUUUUUUUUUUAUGGUGCACUUAUGGAAUAUGUUUUCUCCCAUAUAAGGCAGCGGCUCCUGUGUCACCACUUUUUUCCGUUGAAGGCAGCGAAACGUCUUCUAUAAACUGUCACAUCUUGAUGCUUAUAAGGCAUCGGCUUCUGCUUCACCUUUUUUUCUGUGGAAAAAAUGCCGUGCAUCUUGAUGUGAAAUGUCACGUUUUCUGUGAAUGGCCUCACAAAAAACUGAACCUGCAAUUGUUUCAUAGAUAAAUUCUACACCAUCAGGGAUGAGAAGUAAUCAGAACACAGGGAAAAUGUAUAAAAUCUUAUAAGAAUUUUUCAAAAGAUUUUGUGGUUGAGCAAAACCUCACUGGUCCCAAGGGAGACUUUUGAAGUUACGAGAUUGUAGUCGUCUGGGACAACCAGACAAAUGGGAAUAUGGAUCCCUGUUUAUUGACUUAAACCCCUUGGGACUUCAAGGUAGCAUCCUCGAUUGCGAGAGUCUAUAAUAGCAGGGGUUAAUUUCAUCAAAACAUCUUAAUUUAUUUUGCUGUUGAUUAACCUGCUGCAUGUCUGAGUGUCUGAAAUCACAAGGUGUCUGCAAAAUGAGAAUUGACUGUAUUUUUCACAUGGCAUUUGUCUGAUUUUAAAAACCAAAACUGAGACAAUGACCUUAACAGGCAAUCUUGUGGAUACUGACUGCUGAAUUGUUUUUUUGCUCAACUAGAGGCUCGCAGGUGCUACGCUGUUAGUUUUUGCAAACAAGCAGGACCUUCCUGGUGCAUUAUCAGCAGAAGAAAUUAAAGAUGUAAGUUUAAUUGUGCCUGAUGAGUUGUAAGUAAUGUCUGUAGAUCAGUUGCACAUUAAGCGAAUUCUCUAGUGUUUCAGAUGAAUUAGCAGAUAAUAUAAUAUCUCAAGGUCCUUUUAUGGAUUAGGGGGAUGGAGUUUGGGGAGAAUCAAUGUGCCUAGCGUGAAUUUUACAUUUGAAGAGGAAGUCAUGUCCCUGUGUACUAAAAUAGAUUUUAUUACUUUGUGGUUGUCUUUGGUUGCUGUCACUGCAGUUUCAGUCCAUUGAUCCUUGUGUCAGUUGUUGCCAUUCCACCUGUCUUAUGCCCUUGGGCUAUGAACCAGGGCCACAUUACCAAGGUUUACCAGUCAUUUUGAUACAAACUCAUUCGGAUACAAGUCAUUUUGAUACAAGUUUAUUCAGUCAAGGUGUAGAUAGUUUCGUUUCCUUGGCUUAAGGAACAAAGAAUAUUCAGCCCAAAAUUAAUGUUUUUCUCGUUCAUGUGCAGACUAUACUUGAAGUGAUCAAAAUUUUUAUGCAAUUUCAAUGCUUGAGGUUCCAUCUAAACAACUUGUAUCAAAACGAUCAGUUUCUCAUUACCCAUGCUCACUCUGUAUGACUCCACAGGCUGUCUGUGGAGAAUGGCACCAAACAUGAAUAGGAGUUAAUGUACUCUAACUGUUUACAGCUGUAUUUGUUUCCUUUUUGUAGGCCCUUAAUCUGGAAGCCAUUAAGACACAUCACUGGAACAUUCAGUGGUGCAGCGCUGUAACAGGAGAAAAGCUGUUGGAUGGCAUUGAUUGGAUCAUUUCUGAUAUUGCAUCAAGAAUAUUCACAAUGGACUAAGAAACAUUGAAUUCAUAGCGGCAGUACAGCCCAACCAAAGUAAUCCAUCAUCUGGCAAUGGGCCCUUUGCGUGGAAUGGUCACAUCACACAAAAAAACACCUCGCUGGAUGGCAAACGGCACAGAGGGGAAAGAAAAACAAAGUGAUUAUACAUCAUUCAAAAAGCUUAUAUGAAUCCUUACUUUCGAGGUCCCACUGCGUUGUUUGCCAUUCUGCAAGGGGACGGUUUUGUGCAAAAAAUGGCCCUUUUUGCCACUUUCAGUGUAAUAUAUGCCACCUGGUCAACACUUAACCACCACACAAAUUUAUGUCUUUGCUGCCUGUUUCUGUUGUUAACCCACCUACUUUUGUAAAACAUCAGAGACUUAAAGAUUCAAGGACAAGAACGACUAUGAGUAUUAGAUGUUUAAAGUUUUUUUUCACAUAUUUUUCCAAAAAUAGACACCCCGGAAAGCUGCAUUGUACUUUUGUUUUCACCAAAAAGUUAGCACUGUUAUAUUUAGUAAAGGAGGUUAAGCCCUUUCCUGAUCACAACAUUGUGAUCAUUCUUGUUUUUGCUUCUAUUCUCGCUAAAACUUAUAGUAGAAUUAUUAGUUUUUCCUCCAGGCUCUCAGAUAUUGGGAAAAGGCAGGCGAAAUGUUGGCGGGGCGGAAAAAAGGAAAAAGGAACUGCCGCCCCUGCUAUACUACAUCGGAAAAGUGAAGAGUAGGAAGCUGAGCAGAUUAAUGAAGCUGAAGCAGAUUAAAGCUCAGCUUUCAAGCUGAGCAGAUUAAUGAAUACUUUAAAGCCAUUGUGGUUGUAUUUAGAAAUCGAUCAUUGAAAAGACAUUUGGAGACCAGGCAUAUAUAUGCGUGGAAAUUUUAAACUAUUUUUGUUAACAUUUCUUUUUAUUUUUCAGUUUAUUUCCCUCUUGCAUGAAUAUUUAUUUUGUAGUUCACCCACCCCCUCCCCAAUAACGUUUCUAAUAGUCCAUCUCACCCUGCGAGCAGUACCUCCUAAUUUGCUGAGUGACACCAAGUGAUCAAGCGGCGAG